AAUGAAACUUUUCUUUUACAGGUUUCGAAUGUUGCAUCGUAUUCCUUCUGUAUUCAUCGGGGCAUGUAGGUCUCUGUCUGGAAAUUCACAACAUGGAGGAUGCUCUCCAGAAAUGAUUGAAGGACAUUCCAAGAUGGUCAUGAAUGAUGUACGAAACGGACUGCAAGAUAUCGUUGGUGCUUCUAAGACCUGGAGUGAAAAUAUUCAGGCUAUCAAGGACAGAACUUCUUUAAGUUCUCUACUGGUCAGUAAACAGGAAGAUCUACCAGUUAAACGAAUGAAGGACAGUUAUCUUGAGGUGUUCCUACCUCUGGGAAGCCAACCUAGCCUGAGAGAAAAGUAUCUUAACGUACAUAACUUUGUAAGAUUUGGCAGAAUCCUUGAAGAUCUUGAUUCAUUCGGAGUUUUAAUUAGUUAUAACCACAUGAAAAGCGAGAAUGGUUCAAGAAGCCCUUUUUCCAUCGUUACUGCUCUUGUUGAUGAAAUAGAUUUAUGCCAAAAGCAUAUCCUGCCAGAUUGUGACUUGAAAUUCACUGGCAAUGUUAGCUGGGUGGGAAAAACUUCAAUGGAAGUCCAGAUGCACUUGUCUCAGUACUACGAUGGAGUAUUCACUCCUGUAUUAAAUGCGACUUUUGUGAUGGUAACUCGAGACCCUGAAAACAAAGGACCUGCUUUUGUUAAUCCGCUGAAGGCUGAGACUCCAGAGGAAGAAGAUAUUCUUAGAAAAGGCAAAUUGAACAAAUUAAAAAGGAUCAACAUAUUGCAACAGUCACUAUUUAAAAUGGCACCAAAUGAAGAAGAGAGAAAACUUAUACAUGAAUUGUUUCUUAACACUUUGGAUCCGAGGACGGUGAGCUUCCGUAGUCGAGUCUUAUCAGAGAUCGUUUGGAUAGCAGAGACAAAACUUAAAGGUCUGGAGAUUUGUCAUCCCCAGGAACGGAAUAUUCACAACAAAAUCUUUGGUGGGUUUCUGAUGAGGAAAGCCUUUGAAUUGGGAUGGGCAAAUGCUUGUAUCUAUGGAAAUUCAAGACCUCACGUGGUAGCCGUAGAUGACAUAAUUUUUCAGAAACCAGUUGAAAUUGGUUCCCUACUCUACCUCUCAUCACAGGUUUGUUACACUCAACAGAACCACAUCCAAGUCCGAGUGCACAGUGAGGUUGUAAACCCAUACACAAAAGAACAUAGCACAACCAAUGUCUUCCAUUUUACCUUUUGCUCUGACAAGGAAGUGGCGCGGGUUACCCCAAAGACCUAUGGAGAAUCUAUGCUUUACUUGGAUGGAAAGCGACAUUUUAAACCAUAUGGAAAACAAAAUCAAGUUGCAUCACAUGAAGAGUCAGACAUCAGCAAAUAAGACACAUCUACGACAGUUACUGGAACCUGCCCCCCCAAGCAAAGUUAAAAUUCGGGUGAAGGGUCACACAUUAAACAUUACAAUAAUUUUCUCUUUCAGAUGUUGAUAAACCAAAUGUUUUGUGUUUGUGUUUAUUGAUGUUAUAAGGUUUUAUUUUGCUACUCAGCUUUGCAGAAAUAAGAACAUAGUUUGCAUGUUUACUUUUCCCCCUCUGAAACAAUUCAUUGCUUAGAUUGCUUCAUUAGCUACACUAUUAUUUUCUAUUGUUUGUUUCUAAGUGUUUCAGUUAUACAAUACAAUACAAUCAAUACAACUCACAAUUAAUAACAUAGUGUAGUGCUCCUACCUGUAUGUUGCAUGUGUUAUGGGUAGGUGACUUUCCCUGCUGCUGUCCCUCCAGUGUCUGCAAAGCCACGUGCUCUAGGUCAGACAAAAAAGAGCUCAGAUGGUUGCCAAUCAAUCAUGUGUGAAAAAGUUGCGCGUGACUGAGGGAGCAGAGCCAGAGCUCCCGUGGCUCUUCUGCUCCAGGCUCCAAUAACAGGCAUAUCACAGGAGUCCGAGUGCCUGCCCUGGGAAUGCAGGGGAGUCUUGGAGAGUCCCAACUCCAUCUAGACUUUCACCUGCUGAGCCAUACUGAGGUAGUAUCAUGAGUACCAGAAUUGGCUCAGGUGAAUGGCUGCCGCGUUUCUCCCACAAAAUAUACAGUCAAUUCACUUUACAGUAUAUUCUAUGAAGUGCUUUGAGACGUCUUGAAGACGUGAUAAGACGCUAUAUCAAAUGCAAGGAUUAUUAUUAUUGUAAUGUGGCAGUGUAGUGGGGAACUUCUGUGCUGGAAGUAAAGAGAGCACAGUACCUAUAGUUAUAAAGGUAUCACUAAAGUGCCUGCGUUACUCUAUUUGUCUUUUAACCUGUUCUGCUCGUAAUCUAAUCUGCAUGUGCUCCUAAAGGAGACUAUAUCAUAUUUGGUCAUGUUCCUAAUGGAUCUAGGCUUGUGGUGAUGUGCUUUUGUAUAAUAAACAUGUAUUUUAAGA